UGUGCCCCUUGCAGGAAGCUGUCGCCAGGAUGCUACGACGGAUCGAGCAGAGCCCAGCAAGCAGAUCCUUUGCGUCCUGGGUGUACCCCAUGCAGGAAGCUGUCGCCAGGAUACUACGACGAAUCGAGCAGAGCCCAGCAAGCAGAUCGUGCAGUCAACAGGAGCUAGAGAUGGUAUUGGACUUGGGUUUUCAAAUAUCCGUCCUGUGGCAGGAAGCUCGGCCUAAGUGGGUCCUUUGCAGCAUGCAGUCGCCAGGAUGCAGCGGUGUGGUCGAGCAGGGCCCGGCGAACACAUCUGCAGUAGGAGCUCCACUUUCAGUGUCCACAGGAGCGAGGGGUGAGACGCCAGGAUGUAAUUUAGGAGUCUUACGGCAGGGGUUACAGGUCUAUUGGAACGAGUUGGAGGUUGGCUGCUUGAUUCACAGCUUCUUUGGCAAUGGAGAGGGAAGGGUUUACAGGCUGCUGCAGUCUAGAUGCCCAAUCUUGGAGAAGCAGGGCCGGGCUAGAGCCUUGUCUUUUAUGUCUCGGUGUCGAGUGGAAGUGGAGCAGCAGUCUCGAUCGUCUGGACAAUUUAUAUUUUAA